AGGAACGUAUUAAAAAAAAGAAAAAAAAGUGAUUAAUAAAAUAACUUUAAAAGGCCGGUUGAUCUUCAAUUUGUUAGAUCGUCGUUUCGACGCUGGGGACAUCCUGUGGGUUGUAAGUGCACACCAAAAGGUUCGAAAAGCUCCACCAGCGGUGUUUUCACAUGAGACGGAAGAAACGCAACAUGUUCCAGGGUGAUGAAGACGUGCCCAAGACUCCACCACCGGCACCACGGGAGAAUCGCCCCAGCGGCAGCUCCUUCAGGUUCAAUCUGCCUCUAUGCCCGGACGACCAUAAUUGUCCAAUAUUCAACUUCAAAGAAUUAUGCUCCGAAGCAUCCAAGAACUGCAAUGCAGGCAGUGAAGACAGUUCAAAACUUACCUGCUUAAAAGAUGGCGACUUAGAAUUAGAGAAACCACAAUCACAUGUCAAGUAUACAAUGAAAACAUACGUAGAACUUGCGUCUGGCUAUGAUGAAGAUGAUUCGUUUAUUGAUAAUUCGGAAGCAUGUAACGACAUGAUAGAAGGAGUUGAAAACCUUAACGGAAAGUUUUAUGUUAACUGCGGAGCGCUAAACCUCAACAAAAAAGAUACAGUAGUCAAAGAACGUACUUUUGGAGGUAAAAGUGUAUCAACUAAAGCUAAGAAAGUAAAGCCUAAGCAAGAGAAAACUGAAAAAAAGAAGACUAAAGAAGCCGGUGAAUGCAAGAAAAAACCAAAACUAUCAACCGACACAGUGCCGUGUUUGAUCAAUGUCAGCCAACCAGAUAUUUUAAAAUUAAUUGAUCAAUUGAAAAAUUACACCAAAGAAGUGCAAAGCACUCAAAAAAAUUUCUUCGACAAGAAUAUUGUCCAACUUCUUGUUGAGUUAGAAUGUCAGUGCCGGAAAUACUUAAAAAAUCCUUCAAGGCAAUCAGUUUAUUCUCAUCUUUCUUAUUUCAUGCCAAUUUCCAAAGGAACACUUUUAAGAAAAGUGAAAACUCUGUUCGUCCAAGGAAAUAGUGAACUCGACACUUACAUGCAGAAAUUGAAAGACAUUGCUAAAUCGGAGAACAAGCUAGAUGAAAUCUCUGCCCCUGAAAAAUUGUUGUGUUUGAAAGAAAUAGCAAAAAGAGUAGUACGCCAGUAUGUAGUCGCUAUAAAAAGAAAAGGGACUCUUCAUAAUUAUAUAAUGGCCUUCUAUACUGAAAAGCUGGUACCGUUGUGGCCUAACGGCUUAAUGGACGAAUCGACAUUAUUCAGAUAUACUAAGGAUGUAAUCGCUUCAGAAGCAGCAGAAUACAAAAUUGAUUAUUUAAUGUCGUCUCCAAGCACUGACAUAGCAGAAUGUAAACUUUUGGACGAAUGAGAGACUAGCAUUAAAUGAAAUUUCUGUUGAGAGUUAUUCCAGAUGUCUACAUUUUACUUAUACAGUGAGGAAGAAAAAAAUGUAGUAGUUAUUACAGUGUUAAUUGUUAAUUAAAAGAAAAAUAAAUAUGUGUGUUUAA